AUGGAAGCUAUGGAUCUUGUGGGUGAUAACAAUCCAAUAGGCUCGAUUCGAUCUAACACUCCACCAAGUGAUCUGCUUCCUGGUGAAGAGGUGCAGGCCAACUCAACAACUGAAGCUGGCCUUCAUGAUGAGGAUAGAGCAUCUGCCACUGCUGCUCACGUUGGCAGCUCAAGGGAUCAUCCUGCAAUGGAACAAACUGAGCUCUAUCUGGAGUACUUCCAUUCUGCAAUUAUAAGUGAGGAUUUAGCCACCAUAAAGAAUCCUCGCCUUUCACAAGCAAAAAUGGCUGAAGCUAUCAAAGGACUGGUAAGAAAAAAAGGCUACAAAUCAGCAGAUCAUGGUAAAGAGUAUAAGUUUAGAUGGACUGACGACUCAACUUACUAUUUAAUUAAAUAUUGCUGUGAAGUUGGUCCUUUUUAUGGCUUCGAACAUCUGAAAUCACCGACGGUAAAGAAGUUAGAACGAAGCAGUUUCAUCUCUCUCAAGUGGAGUUGUAUUUUGUAUGAUCUUCUGAUGUCGCUAGAAUUUGAAAACAAUGUGAUACCAACAGAAAGUCAAAUCAAACAAAGAUGCUGAUAUCUGACGGAACUCGGGCAUCCCAAAUUAUUUGCUGUCACCACCGGGGAUGAGAGAAAUCCCUUCUCGCUGACAGGUGUUGACAAAGUUGAUAACGUCUUGGAAGAGCUCUGUAGGUUGAAAAACGAUUCGGAACUUAGCAGGGCAGAGAUUCAGAAACGUAUUACCCAUCAACGAAAUAAUAAAAGGACUGCAGGUCAAAUGUUGUCCUCGAAUAGUAUUCCAAACAUCAUUGAGAGAACAUGCUGUUCGGAUUUUGAAGAAGAGUCGUCUAUAGAUGAUGUGAACCAGCUCCAAAAUAUCACAAUCAGAUGCAGGAACAGGCCUGAAAAUUUGUUGAUCUCAGGAGAUGCCACUCCAGAUGGUCGUUCGCUUUCAGAGUUUUCAAAAUCAAUGAGAGAAGAGCAUGAAGCGGCAAAAGCAAAGACGAAGGUAACUCUUUCGGAAGAAAGAAAAUACCAAAAAAGAUCUCAGCAGCAGAAGGAUGUUGAGUUAGCGCUAAAACGCCGAGAAUUGGACUUAAAGGCUGAGAAAAGCAAGUUCAACAGCGAAAUACUCAGGCGCGGACAAUUCGAAUUCGACGCCAAUAAGAUUGAGACACUUAUAAGGAUCGUGGGAUCAGCUAAAAGCUUAGAAAAGGAUAAUUCCCCAUUUACCGACGGUUUACAGAAGCUGAUUAAUGAUUUUCUCAGCCGUUACCUGUGA